GAAACGAAACAAAACAUUUGAAUCUGAGAGAGAGAGAUCAAAAAGCAAUGAGGAGAAAGCAAUCGUAUCUUUAGUUUCCGUUUAAAGAAAACAAAAAAUCGAAUCUUUCUGGGUACAAUUAUCACCCUCCCUCUUCGUCUACUCUCGAUUAUUUCCUUCUUCUUCUGGGUUUGUCGUUUUAUAAUAGAGAGUUUCUGUGGUUUUGUAAUCGAUACACGAAGAAAAGUCUCCUCCUCUAGGGUUUGAUUGUUUAGGUCCGUGGAGAUCAAGAAACUUUCUAGGGCUCUUAUGAAAGUGUAACCAAUGGGUGAAAACGAGAGCGAGGCGAAGAUGGAAGGUUGGUUGUAUAUAAUCAGAUCCAACAGAUUCGGUUUGCAUUUCUCCAAAAAACGUUACUUUAUCCUCGGAGACCAUCUUCUCAAGAGCUUCAAGUCCAUCUCCGAUUCCAAAACCAAGGAUGGUGGAAGAAGUGCGGUGAUAGAUUCGUGUAUACGUGUUACUGACAAUGGAAGGGAAAGUGUUCAUAGAAAAGCAUUCUUCAUUUUUACACUGUACAACACUUCAAAUCACAAUGAUCAACUCAAGUUAGGAGCAAGCAGUCCUGAGGAUGCAGCUAGGUGGAUCAAUUUGAUUAAAGAGGAAGCUUUAAAGGGUUCCUCUAAUCCAGGAGAUGUUUUUAGUUGUUCCAGGAGCCGAUGGGAUUCUCUAAGACUGAGUAGCUCGGUUCGGGAACAUCACUCAAAUUCUAUUGACUGGACGCUUCGGUCUUCUGCAAGAGUGGAUCCUGUUACCACCACUGAUGUUGUUGCGCCUUCUCCGUGGACAAUAUUCGGUUGUCAGAAUGGUCUUCGUCUUUUUAAAGAGGCAAAAGAGAGAGAUUCUCUUGGAAGGUGGGAUGACCAUCCGGCUAUCAUGGCUGUUGGGGUUGUUGAUGGAACUUCAGAAAACAUUUUCCAAACACUUCUCUCUCUUGGACCCUCAAGAUCAGAAUGGGAUUUCUGUUUUUUCCAAGGCAGUGUGGUCGAGCAUCUUGAUGGUCACACUGAUAUAAUUCACAAACAGCUAUACAGCGAUUGGUUACCUUGGGGGAUGAAAAGAAGAGACUUUUCGCUGCGGCGUUAUUGGAGAAGGGAAGAUGAUGGGACAUAUGUGAUUCUCUAUCAUUCUGUAUUUCACAAGAAGUGUCCACCUCAGAAAGGCUAUAUCCGUGCGUGCCUUAAAAGUGGCGGUUAUGUGAUUUCUCCCAUAGACAACGGGAAACAGUCAGUUGUGAAGCACAUGCUUGCUGUUGAUUGGAAGUCCUGGAGAUCUUAUGUGAAACCAUCUCUAGCUAGAUCUAUUACUGUGAAAAUGCUUGGAAGAAUCUCAGCCCUUAGAGAGCUGUUUAGGGCGAAACAUGGAAGCUUUCCUUCAUCAGGGGAGUUGUCAAGAAGUGCAAGACUGAAUCAAAACGAAGAGAGUGGCUUUGGUGAAUCUUCUUCUCUGACAGAAUGCGAAAUGUACAAGGACCCCGCUAAUGAAGAGAGAGACAAAUUCCCCUCAGAGCGCUCUAGCCUUGUGGACUUGAACGAUGGAGUGGAUGAGUUUUUCGACGUUCCUGAACCAUCGGAUAAUGACCACUUGGAUGACAACUGGGCCUCGGAUUUUGACUCGGAUACAUACUCUCAGGACACCCGCCAGCCAAAACUAAACAGCGCUUCGAGUUUAGUGAGAAAAAUACACGAUCUUGCAGUUCAAAAGAGGGGUUAUGUUGACCUGCACGAGAGGGCGAGGGAAGAGAGUAGCACGCCUUGCUGUUAUGGAACCACGCUUCCAACUGAUCCUACUUGUGCCUUGCCUUGUAGCUGGACAACAACUGAUCCUUCUACUUUUCUCAUUCGAGGAAAGACUUAUCUUUCAGACCAGAAGAAAGUCACGGCAAAGGGUACACUGAUGCAAAUGGUGGCUGCAGACUGGCUAAAGUCUGACAAGCGGGAGGAUGAUUUGGGCUCCCGUCCUGGUGGCAUAGUUCAGAAAUAUGCAGCAAAAGGUGGACCAGAGUUCUUUUUCAUCGUGAAUAUACAGGUUCCAGGAUCGACAACGUACAGCCUUGUGCUUUAUUACAUGAUGAGCACUCCAAUUGAAGAGCAUCCUUUGCUAGUUAGCUUUGUUAAUGGGGAUGACGCAUAUAGGAACUCACGGUUCAAGCUCAUUCCUUACAUAUCCAAGGGCUCUUGGAUAGUUAAGCAGAGUGUGGGAAAGAAAGCAUGCCUUGUUGGUCAAGCUCUGGAGAUCAAUUACUUCAGGGGAAAGAACUACAUUGAGCUGGGCGUUGAUAUUGGGUCAUCAACGGUUGCGAGAGGUGUUGUGAGUCUUGUUCUUGGUUACCUCAACAAACUCGUGAUUGAAAUGGCAUUCUUGGUUCAGGCAAAUACCGAAGAGGAGCUCCCGGAAUAUCUUCUUGGAACAUGUCGGUUAAACCAUCUAGAUGCAUCUAAAUCAGUUCCAGUUGUUACACAGUCCUAGCAAGACCACAAGUUACAGAUCAAAACAUUCUUUGCAAUCCAUUGAAAGUCAUACGCACGAUAGGUUAUUUUGGUUAUGUGCUUAUGCAAACUCAGAUUUAUAAAGUUCUUGGUGGUACUCUGCCAAAGUUCUUUGUAUAGACAUAGCGCUUGUAUCUAUCAUUGUUCAUUUGAUUGUCCCAACUUGGUCUGUUAGACCCAAUACUUAGCUUCAGUGCUUUUGGAUUCUACUACUAUUGGUUUAUUCCAUUGUUUGUUAUGAUU